AUGGUCUUGCCCUUCCGCGUCGGUCUCGCGCAGCCGAAUCUGGACAACCUGGAGGCGUUCCUCAUGGACGUGUCGCAUCCCGAGUCGCCAAACUACGGAAAGCACUGGAGUCCGGCUAAGGUCGCGGAGACAUUCCGUCCUACGCACGAAUCCGUAGACGCCGUGCGCACGUGGCUCGUGGAGAGCGGCGUUGACCUUGAGAGGGUGAGGUUGAGCGCGGGCCGCGGGUGGCUAGCGGCGAACGUGACAGUCGAGGAGGCGGAGCGUUUGUUGCGGACCGAGUACUAUGUGUACCAGUUCGCCAACGACGAAAGCGAGCACGUUGGCUGCCAUGAGAAGUAUCACCUACCCGAAGAGGUGUCGAGGCACGUCGAGAUCGUGACGCCGACGCUGCACUUUGACGUCAAGCGCAAGCGAGCGCCGUCCCGCGUCGAGAAGCGCAGCGUCGGGGAGAGCAGCCCCGGCGCGCAUGCGAUUGGCCAGCCGGGCUUUGGCACGAGCUUCCCGAAGACUUCGGGAACGAUCGAGGCCGUCGCUGCCAAUCUGUCCGCUUGCGAUGCGCAAAUCACCCCUGCAUGUUUGCGCGCCCUGUACAGCUUUGAGUAUGCGCCAGCAGUACCCCACGCCAACUCACUUGCCAUUGUGGAGUAUACGCCACAAGCAUACGUCGCGACUGACAUGGAUAUGUUUUUUGAGGAAUUCUCUCCGACUCAGGUCGGCGAGAGGCCUAUCAUGGUCAGCAUAGACGGCGGCUUCGUUCAAACGAACCAGACGGAAUUCGACUAUAAUGGGGAAUCGAACUUAGACUUGCAAUAUUCUAUGACUCUGGUUGGUGGUGCACAACCUGUUACACUGUACCAGGCGGGAGACGACGUUGAAGGUGCUUCAUUCGGCAACUUGCUGGACGCACUCGAUGCAUCCUAUUGCACGUUUGAGGGUGGCGAUGACCCGAACUUCGAUUCUAUCUACCCGGAUCCAUACGGUGGUUACGAAGGUCCUGAGGAUUGUGGCACCGUGGCGCCAGCAUAUGUCAUGUCUACAUCCUACGGGUACAACGAGGCGGACUUGACGCCCGCGUAUGAGGAGCGCCAAUGUGCCGAAUAUGCAAAGCUCGGGUUGAUGGGCAUGACCAUCCUCUACUCUUCUGGUGACGACGGGGUCGCUGGCAACGGCGACCUUUGUCUGGAAGCCAACGGAACCCAGGCUGUCGGCGCGCCUAGAUUUAACCCUUCCUUCCCUGGAACAUGCCCGUACGUCACGAGUGUCGGGGCCACACAAGUGAAUCCAGGAUCAACGGUGUAUGAACCUGAGAGUGCCUGCGAGCAAGUCAUCUACUCCGGCGGUGGCUUUUCAAACGUGUUCGCAAUGCCGUCGUACCAGAAGACCGCGGUUGAAACAUAUCUGGCUGAUUAUCCACCUCCGUACGCGCCAACCAUCUACAAUUCCUCGGGGACAUCACGCGGAUUCCCCGAUAUCUCGGCGAACGGGGCCAACUAUGUCGUCGCGCUUAACGGCUCGUUUUGGCUCGUUUAUGGGACCUCAUGCUCCUCCCCCGUCUCCGCGUCUAUUUUCUCCGCGAUCAACGAUGCGCGUCUAGCUGCAAGCAAGAGUCCAAUAGGCUUCAUAAACCCAACGAUUUACACACCGGCGUUCAUGGCAGCAUUCAAUGAUAUUACCAAUGGGACCAACCCAGGCUGUGGCACAGAGGGCUUUUACGCGGAGCCCGGCUGGGAUCCUGUCACUGGUGUCGGCACCCCCAAUUUCAGCAAGCUGUUGUCUCUUUGGCUGGAGCUUCCUUGAUGAAAAUGGAAUAACUGCCGAGGACCACUGUCAAUUAUCCACAUUCUGAUAUCAGACGUGUAUAAUCUGCUAUGCAUCAGAGAUCCUGUGCUGGUACGCAA